AUGAUGAUGAGCGAAAUCGACCCCAAGGUUAUAAAGAAGACACAGGAUGCCCUUGGAAAGUUAAUCAAAAGACCGCCACUCACGGAUAAAUUGCUUUCAAGACCUCCUUUUCGAUUCAUUCAUGAUAUAUGUUCGUCACUUAUUCUCUCCACGGGAAUUAUGAAGGGUCUCUUCACUGCGGAGGAAUUAAAUGCCGAUUGCAUUAAAGACAAGGAAGCUAAAUCUACCUUUUUGAAGAAAGUCGUUGACUAUGCCACGGCAGCUCAUAAUCACUCUCUGGACAUUAAAGUGAGUAGCAUCAUUGCAGGAAAGGAAGCAGAGCGCACAAACCUUCUUCUUCAACUUCUUGCGAGUGCUGCCGCGAAGGGCCCAUCGGACACGUGUUCCGAUGUGAUCAAAGAUGUCGCAUUUAAGUCUGGCGACGAGGUUCAAAUCCAACCACCGACUCAGCUGUUCGGACCGUGCAACAAGGCACCGGAGGUUUCUAUGGAUCCACAGUCCACACCAAAUACAAUAGAGGGAUUUGCAGCUAUUUCACCUCAAUCGCGAACCAGUCGACCACCUUCAGCAAAGGGUCUUAAAAAACCCAUUACCGCAGUCAUUGGUAAACCUAACUUUAGCAUUUUCUCAUCAAGGCCCUCUCCGGGACAGGUUCCUACGAUGGCGCCUACUCCGGAUACACCAGCAUUUGCUGAGUUUCCUAAGGAGGACUUGCAAGAAUCGAUGGAACCUGUAAGAGCGAAUGCAUUUCCAUCGUCAUCAGUGACUGGAAUCAUGGUAGAAAAUGAGAUCCUUUCAGAAGAUGAAGCCGAGGAUGAUACACGGAGAGGCGGGGAGGAGGAGGAAAACGUGUCAGGGGUUCGUCUGGCACACGUUAGUGGGGGUGAGGGCGAUUUCAGUGAGGUCGAGGACGAUGGACAGGCGAACGGAGGUUUAGUGUCUAAAUUAUUGAAAACGAAGAAUGAACUUGGUAGAGAAAGCACUAUCCACUCUAAUGGAAGCAAACAGUCUCAUUUACUUGUUGUCAAUGAAGUGGCUAAGAAACGAGACCGCGAAGCAACUGAGCGAGAAAUGGAAAAGCUAUGCCAGAUCCUACAAAAUCUGACAAGGUCCGCCCUGCCUCUUGGCAAGUUGAUUGACUUAAUGCAGGAGGACUUUGAGAGCAUACAAACAGAGUAUCGUGAAUGGAAGGAGGAGGAAGAGAGGCGGCAGCAACAAAUCCGAAAAGCUCAGGGGCAGUCUGAUCCUCGUGUUGCACAGUUGCGAGAAGAAUUGGAGCAAUUGGAGAAGAAACAAUUAGAAUAUCGCAGGGCAAUCGCUUUAAUGAAGGCCAGCAUCUUGAAUAACGAUAAAACCAUUGAGCAAAUGUUGAUCCAGGCGACAGGAAAUUCGUAG